AAAGAAGAAAAGGAAAGUCUGAGGAGGAAGAGAAGCAGUUUGUUCUGGAUAUUUUCCUCCAGCUGUUUCUGAGUUUACUCCAGGACUCGGAACCAGACGGACUGAAGGAUCUUCAGCUGCUAAAAGUCUUCGUCCGACCCUGAGAAUGACUCCGAGGUGUGACGGAGCUCUCAGUCGGACCUGCGGCUCAUCCGAUGGACCUUCUGAGCUUUGACACACUCUUGUUGCUUCUGGAGGGAACUGAGUCUCUAUUCAGAAAUUAGGUCUUGAAACGGAACAUUUAGACCAAAUCAGUCCUGGUCCAGGAUGUCCUCGGAGCUGGUCCUGGGUUUAGUCUUUAGAAUUCUGUUACCUCUAAGUUUGACUUCGGCUUGUAUGCUGCGGUACAAUGGAUUCUCUCUGAUCUACAUCCUCCUGCUGCUUCUGCUGCCACUGCUGCCCCAACCCUCCUCCACCUCAGGUAACACGAGUCGAUGUGUGAUGGUGGUGUGUGUCUCCAGCUUCGUCUUCCUACUGCUUCAGAGUUUCUUUCAGGUGUCCACCCUGACCCUGCAGCCUGAACACAACUGCACGUCAUGGCAGAAAACUCUCAGUCAGCUCGGCCUGGUGAGUCUGUCAGGAAGUGAUGCAACCUCUGCUCUGAGACAGCUGCUUCCAGAUGUUGGCGUUCUGGUCGUCAGCCUGCUGGCUUGGAGGCUGAUUGGGAGGCUGAACGCCGACACACACACCCAGCUGGAAGAGACGCAGCGGCAGGAGGUGAUGAUUGAAGAAGACUCUGGGCUCCACGAUGAAGAUGAUGGGAAGGACGAAGGCAGCAGAAACAAGGUUCUGUUUGAACUGGAGGUUUUGAUCUGUAAAGCACGGUUAAUGGUGGGAGCCAUGACAACAACUGGAGCCAAAAUCCUACUGACCACUUUACUGGGGCUGGCAGGUAUCAUGUUCCCCUCCCUGUCCUCCCUCCUUUAUCUAACCUUUUUCCAGAUAAUGUGUACCUGGUGGGCGUGGUCAGGCAAGGUCCCACCCUUCAUCACCAGGUGUGUGUCUGUGAUGUCACUGAUCUACUCCUCUGCCCACCUUCUGCUCUUCUACUGCUACCAGCUACCAUCACUGCAAGAGGUGUGGCCUCCCAACAGCACCUCCUCCAGGGUGCUGGGUCUGGUUCCUGUGGUCCUGGUGGACUGUGCUAAUCCCUGGAGGCUACAGGUGAACUCUGAGCUCAGCUGGUACCAUUUCAGCAGCCCUCUGAUGCUUCUGCUGCUCUACCACACGGUCACUUGUCUUUGGAGGAACCAGCUGAUUGACAGGUCAGGGGAGAGGAACGAAGAAAGUGUGGAUUCAGUGGUCAGUGGAAGCUGUGACAUCAUCACCUCCACCAGCAACCUGAGUGAUGAGGUCAGCUGUGACAUCACAGCUGAGAGGCGGAGGGUGCUGUGGAGGAGAGCUCAUGAAGAUGCGAAUCUGGCACCACUGUCCUCAUCCAGUGACGGUCCCUCCGACUCUUUUGCCCCACCCACACAAAGCACUGCCUUGGGAUUGGAUAUGUAUUCCACCCCUCACUACUCCUUCAGCCAAUCAGACACACUGGAAACAUGCGUUUUUGAAGAUGAAUGGGAAGAAGAUUGUGAGGAGGAGGUUAAGAGUUGUGAGAAGGUGGGGGCUGGCGCCACCUCCGUGGCUUUGUUGUUUCUCCUAAAACAGAGCUACAUCGGUGCUCUGAUCUCUAUGAUGGCCUGGUCCAUCACCUACGUGUCCUGGCUCACCUGCGUGCUGCUGCUCUGGUCAUGCGUCCUGUGGAUGAUGCGAGAGCGCCGUCGCUACACGCUGAUGUCAGCGCCAUGGCUGGUCGCCUAUGGCAACUUGCUGGUGGUCCUACAGUACAUCUACAGCUUCCCGUCCCUACAGGAAGUCCCCGGACUGUUCCCACGGAAUCACGACCCCUGCAGGGAGCUCGCCUCCAAGCUGGUGUGUCUGUUGACCUUCUGGCUGCUUCUGCGUCAGUCACUUACUGAGAAAAGAGAGAGAAAGACAGAAGCACACCUGUCUGACAUCUCUGUCCACAUUAAGCAAGAGGAUUUGGAUCAGAAGAAGAAGGACAAGAUGUCCUAUGAGGAAGUGCUUCUUCUGGGUGGAAGAGGACAAGGUCAUAUGGAUGCUUUAGUUGCCGUGGUUACCAGGAUGUUUGUGAAAUACUGGAUUUAUGUGUGUGGGACAAUGUUCUUCUUCGUCAGCUUCGAGGGAAAAAUUGUCCUCUACAAAGUCAUCUACAUGGUCAUGUUCCUCUGCUGCGUGGCCCUCUACCAGUUGAACUACGAGCGCUGGCGUGCCUUGCUCAGAGGUUUCUGGGUAGCAGUAGUGGUCUACUCCAUGCUGGUUCUUAUUCUGGUCUACACCUUCCAGUUCCCCUCAUCACUCCAUACCUGGAGUUACUACACUGGACUGAGCACAGACAGGUUGGAGGAUGUCGGACUGGAAAAGUUCUCUGUUCCUGUCCUCUUUACCAGAAUCUUCAUUCCCACAGCGUUUCUGCUGGUGUGCAUCAUUCACCUGCAUUACUUCCAUGAACCAUUCCUGCAACUGACUGACCUGAAGACAGUGGUGGACACGCACAAUAGCACCAUUACCAGGUUGGUCCACUCUGAAGGCAGCCUGGUCGACCUGUCCAUGACUGCUGCUCCUCAGCACCCGCUGCAGGAAGAGAUGAAUGGAGAACAGGGGAACAGAGAGGAGGAAACAGAUAGAAAGUGGAUAAAAGAGGAAGAGCAUGAAGAGGAGGAUUACCCCUGUAUGUUUGACAGGGAAACCCUGUCUGACCGCUUCACAGAGCUGGUCUCCUGGAGGUUGGUGGUGGACCGUUUGUCUGUGCUGUUCCUGCAUUUCCUGCUCUCCCUGCAGCGCCUGCAGUGCCUCCUCUGGUGGAUCCUGGAACUGCACAUUGUGAAGAUCGUGUCCUCCUUCAUGAUCUGGGUCUGCGUGAGGGAGGUAUGUGUGUUUAACCUGCUUUUCGUGCUCUGUGUGGCCAUGGCUCUGCCCUGCAGGGCCUGGCGCCCCCUGCUGUCAGGAGUUUGCACUGUCUGGACCUGUGUAGUGAUCGUUUGUAAGAUGCUGUAUCAACUGAAGGUCGUCCAGCCGAUCAGUUACUCCUCCAACUGCACCAUGCCAGGUAACUCUAGCAUCGACCUGUCUCACUCUGUUCUUUACUCUGGGCCUAUUGACCCCGCCCACUGGGUGGGGCUUCGUAAGACAGAUGGGAAACUGCUGGACUACUUGAGGAAUAAUCUCAUAAUGUUAGCACUGUUAGCAUUCGAGGUGACCAUUUACAGACACCAGGAGCUCUAUCGUCUCCGACAUAAUAAAGUCCCACCCCCCACUAGAACUUUCUUUCAUGACAUCACAAGAUGUCACCUGGACAAUUGUGUGCUGAGCUGCAUGAAGUUCUUCCUCAACUACUUCUUUUAUAAGUUUGGACUGGAGACCUGCUUCUUGUUGGCCGUAAAUGUAAUUGGUCAGCGAAUGGAUCUGAUUGCUGUAGGCCACGCCUUCAGCCUCAUUGCUGUGCUUUCACAUCGCAGCAGGAAGCGCAUAGCAUCGGUGUGGCCGAGGUACUGCUACUUCGUUUCAGGACUGCUGUUCUUUCAGUACCUCCUGUGCAUCGGAUUCCCUCCAGCUGUUUGUAAAGAUUAUCCAUGGAGACCUCCAUCCUCAAAUGUAGAGUCGAAUGUGGUUAAGUGGCUCUUCCUACCUGAUUACCUGACACGUCCCAAUGCAGUCUUCCUCCUGUACGACUUCCUGCUCCUCCUCGGGGCGUGUCUGCAGCUGCAGGUGUUUGAGGAGGAGCUCCAGCCGUCUGUUCAGCUGCUUGCAGGAGACAACAGUGAGAUGGAUGGAGACGACGAGCUCUUCUCUGAUCCAAUCAGACGUCUCCGUGUCUGCGCAGUGCCAGACUUCAUGAUGUGCAGAUCUUACCUAGACAUGAUGAAGGUGAUCAUCUUCAGUUACAUGUUCUGGUUUGUCCUCACUAUCAUCUUCAUCACUGGAACCACCAGGAUCAGUAUCUUCUGCAUGGGUUACCUGGUGGCUUGUUUCUACUUCCUGUUGGUGGGUGGAGACCUGCUGCUGAAACCAAUUAAAUCCAUCCUGCUGUACUGGGACUGUCUGAUUGGCUACAACGUGUUUGUGAUCACCAUGAAGAACAUUCUGUCGAUCCUGGCCUGCGGCUUCAUCAAAUCUCUGGUGCUCAACCACUGCUGGCUGAUUCAGCUCUUCAGUCUGGCGUGCACCAUCAAAGGAUACUCCAAACCGGAGCAGCAGAGCAGUAAACAGUGUGAGCUGCCGAGCGACGAGGCCGGAAUCAUCUGGGACGGCGUCUGUUUCUGCUUCCUGCUGCUGCAGAGGAGAGUCUUCAGGAGUCACUACUUCCUGUAUGUGGUGCUGGACCUGCAGAAUACGCAGCUGCUGGCCUCCAGGGGGGCGGAGCUCUUUGAGGCGUCCACAGUGAAAGCCGUCAGAGCGAGACUGGAGGAGGAGAAGACUUCCAUGGACUUGCUGAAAAGACAGAUGGAAAGGAUUAAAUCUCGCCAGCAGAAAUUCCGUAAAGGAAAAGAGAGGAUGUUGAGUUUGACCCGAGAUAGUUUCCAAACUGAUGGUCAGGAAAAGACAAGGGAGGGACAGCAAGAGAAGGAGUGGUGGAAACCCUGGGUAAACCACGCCUCCAUGGUGAGGAGUGGUGACUACUACCUGUUUGAGACAGACAGUGAGGAGGAAGAGGAAGAAGAGAAGAAGGGUGGAGAGGAGAAAAAAGAGGCGGGGCUUACUGAGAAGUCAGCCUUUCAGUUUGUCUACCAUGCCUGGAUAACAGACUCCAGAACAGCCAUGAGAGCUCGUACCAGCCACAAGAAGCUCUGGAGGAAGAACUCGUCAGAGCAACAGAGCAGGAGAGAGGAGAAGAGAGGAGCUGCAGUCAUAGAGGUGAUGGAGGAGACGGAGGAGGAAGGAGUGGAGGAUGACACAGAGCUGGAACCAGACACCGCUCUGCGUCGGUUCUCCAACACUCUGCGGUUCUUCUGGGUUCUGCUCGCUGCUCUUCUGGACUCUCUGACUGCCUGGUUAAACAGUUUGUGUCAGGAACACAUCGAUAUCUCCACCGUGCUUCGCAUCGAACACUGCAUGCUAACACAGCAGGCGAAACAGGGUAGUAUGCCCAGCAGGGAGGCUAUCAACUUUUACUACCAGCAGAAGAUGAUGGGAACCUCCACAGAGUCAGAACUGGACUGCAGUACCCAUGAGUCCAAGCAACAGGCCUCAGCUGAGACAGGAAGAGUAGAAGAAGAAGAGAGGCUCGUUUCUGAUACAGCUGGAAAGGCAGCAGGUCAAACAUCUAAAGUUUCUAGAAAAAAUUACAUGGGAGGCCUACACACUGAGCCAGAACCAGGAUCAGGACCAGGAGGACAUGGUCCCACAGAUCUACAUGGUGAAACAGAACUAGGAGGAAGUGGACUGGUAGAUCCACACACUGAAACUUCUCCAACAAUGGGAUCAGGACUGGAUCCAAAUACACUUUAUACUAAAACAGGACCAGAGUUUUCCAAAGAUCAUGUAAAAAUUUUUGAACCUCAAACUGUUCUGGAAGAACAUCCACCUGAAACAGACCCAGAACCAUUAUCAGGAGCAGAUGGGUCAGAAGAGCCAGUUCAAGCCUCAGAAGUGGCAGAGGGUCCAACUGAAGCAGGACCUCCGCCAUCAGAAGCUGAGGGCUGCCCAGAAUGCCUGGUGGCAAAAACCAGCCAAAGACCACGACCCAGAUUGUCCAGGAUGGAGAGAGUCCACUCUUUAUCAUCUUUAUCCUCUUCAGAUGAAGAAAGCAUCUGUGUAUCGCACAGUUGUGGAGAAUCAAAGCAACUUCCUGUUAGUGUUCUGCCAACUCAUCAGUUCACCGGUGCCUCCCUCCCCACCCCCCCAUCCUCGCUGCUACUCCCACCCUCCUACAGCCUGGCCCUCGGCCUGGAUCUGCAGGCAGGUACGGGGCAGGUGGAUCACAUAGAGCACAGGAGCGAAGAGGUCAAGUUCAGGAAACCGCUGCCAGUUCAGAGUCCAGUUGAUAGAAGUGACUUCCUGUCUGAGUCAGCCCCCACUUCCUGUCCCAUGGCGUCUCGCACUCAGGAGCUGACGGCCAGUGAGCUGCUGAAAAACAGGACUUUCUACAACAAGGAGCUGGAAGCAUCAGACCGUUUCUAUGACAACCAGCCUCCACUGCUUCAGCUGUGCUACGCCCUGUACAACAUCCUGGCAGCCAGGUCGGAGAUGGUGUGUUACCUCGUCAUUGUGUUGAACCACAUGGUGUCUGGCAGCUGUCUCACCCUGGUGCUUCCUAUGCUAGUCUUUCUCUGGGCAACACUUUCUGUUCCUCGACCCAGUAAGACCUUCUGGAUGACAGCUAUCAUCUACACAGAGGUCACCAUUGUCAUCAAGUAUUUCUUCCAGUUCGGUUUCUUUCCAUUCAACCAGAAACUGGAAGUGGACCGUUCCAAACCUUUCCACCCUCCAAACAUUCUGGGUGUUGAGAAGAAGGAAGGCUACGUUCUGUAUGAUCUGCUUCAGCUGCUGGCUUUGUUCUACCACAGAGCCAUACUGAAGUGCCAUGGACUGUGGGAUCAGACAGUCAGCACAGAGGCGGACACACCUGGUCAAAGCAGUGAUGAAGGUGAAUUCACUCACAGAACCACUGGCAGGGAUGCUGGUACUGAUGCUGGCAACAUACUGCGAAGGAGAGCAACGAGACAAGCCCGAUGCAGCUCUACGCCGCAACAUUCUCCUGCAGGCAGUGUGAGCUCCAGAGCUCAGCAGCCCAGUCGGUGGGAUCUGCUGCUGGAGAAACUCCAAGAGCUCUCCAUUCUCACCAGGGAGUAUUCUGUCAGCAGGUGCAUGUCUCUUUACCAGCCGCUCUGCCAGUUCUUCAGAGCUCUGGUCCAACCCGAGUACAGCGCUGUGACUGACGUGUACGUCCUCAUGUUCCUCGCUGACACCGUUGACUUCAUCAUCAUCGUCUUCGGCUUCUGGGCCUUUGGAAAACAUUCUGCAGCUGCCGACAUCACGUCCUCCCUGUCAGAGGAUCAAGUCCCUGAAGCGUUCUUAGUGAUGGUCCUCAUCCAGUUUGGUACCAUGGUGAUAGACAGAGCUCUGUAUUUAAGGAAGACAGUUCUGGGAAAAUUGGUCUUCCAGGUUAUUUUGGUUUUUGGGAUUCAUUUCUGGAUGUUCUUCAUCCUGCCGACAGUCACUGAACGGCGGUUCAGUCAGAACCUGGUGGCUCAGCUCUGGUACUUCGUGAAAUGUGUGUACUUUGGCCUGUCAGCUUAUCAGAUCAGAUCUGGUUAUCCAACACGAGUUCUAGGAAACUUCCUGACCAAGAGCUACAACUACCUGAACCUGUUCCUGUUUCAAGGUUUCCGACUGGUUCCGUUCCUAACCGAGCUGAGAGCGGUGAUGGAUUGGGUGUGGACAGACACCACACUGUCUCUGUCCUCGUGGAUCUGUGUGGAGGAUGUUUACGCUCACUGUUUCGUUUUAAAAUGCUGGAGGGAGUCAGAGAAGAGGUAUCCUCAGCCCCGUGGACAGAAGAAGAAACGGGUGGUGAAGUACGGGAUGGGUGGUUUGAUCGUUCUCCUAUUGAUCUGUAUCGUCUGGUUUCCUUUGCUCUUCAUGUCGCUCAUUAAAUCUGUUGCUGGAGUUGUCAACCAACCACUUGAUGUCUCUCUGACGAUAACACUGGGAGGCUUCCAGCCGAUCUUCACAAUGAGCGCCCAGCAGAAUCAGCUCAGAGACAUGACUGAGGGUAACUUCAGCUCCUUCGUUGACUCCUACAGAUACACACCUAAUGCCUUGCAGUUUCUGGAGGCAUAUGGUCCUGAGGAUGUGACAAUAGCAGACCUGCAGGGCAGCAGUAACUCUCUCUGGACUAUCAGCCCACCCAGCAGAGAGUACCUGGGCCAGGUCCUGAAACUGGACCACUUCCCCCUGACAGUGUCCUGGACUGUGCAGAGGAACUUGAGUCUGGGUGCGAAGACAGAGCUGGCGUCAGGUAAACAUGUGACCUACCUGGACAAUCAGACUCGCCUGGAGUUGAUUGAGCUGCUGAAUGGAAGCAGGAACCGCCCUGUGGUCAUACAGGAAGUAUUUCCCUGCUUCAUUCGAGCUCCCAGUGACUCCAACGCCAGACCCAUAGAGCAGCUGUACUCAGACAACCAUUACAAGGACAUCCUGCUGGCUCUGGAGCGGUCGAGCAACCAGAGCCGAGAAAUCCAGGAGUGGUGGAUCGUCGACCAGCCGGCUGACAGCCUGGUCCCUGUUGAGGGUAGGGCCUCUUUGACUGACAGAAGGGAGGCGGGACUUCAACUCUUCGUGUUCAGUGACAAAGUCAGUCCUCCGAGUCUGGGCUUCCUGGCUGGAUAUGGGAUCAUGGGUCUGUACGCCUCGGUGGUUCUGGUCAUCGGGAAGUUUGUCAGGGAGUUCUUCAGCGGCAUCAGUCACUCCAUCAUGUUCGAGGAGCUGCCGUGUGUCGACCGCAUCCUCAAACUCUGCACGGACAUCUUCCUGGUGAGAGAGACGGGUGAACUGGAGCUGGAGGAGGAGCUCUAUGCCAAGCUCAUCUUCCUGUAUCGAUCACCCGAAACUCUGAUCAAAUGGACACGCCGCUGACCUCAUCUAUCCAUCCACGUCACAGCUGCAACCUGAACCUCCAGAAACACACAGACAGGGUUCUCCAGACGUCGUCCAGACGUUCUGCUGAUGUUCCAGAGGCAUUCUGCAGAAGCUUUCCGAUCAAUCAAAUCAAAUUUUUAUUUAAAAAGCCCUUUUUGUACAUAAGUAGCACAAAGUGCUUUACAGAAUAAAAUGUACAAAAACAAUAUUUGCAAAUAAAAAAGAAUCUAAAACAGCAAUUAAUAAUCCACACACCUACUCUUUCACACACACACACACACCACACCCCCCCAUCUCAACAUAAUAAGAAUAAUCUGGCUUGACUCUACUGUGAGGAAACAAUAUUUUGGGGAUCUGUCCACACCAGGAGCCACCAUGACCACAGAGGCUUCGACCACGGAGACAGCCCAGGUCCGGGCAGGCCGGGUCCCACAGCACAGCCAUUCAGGACCCUAGCCACCCAGACCACAGCCAUCCCCAUGGAAACAAGAAUCCAAGCAGACCAUGGACCCAGCAUGGAGGGUCCCAAUGAGGAAUACACUGGAGUUAAAAAUGUUCAAGGUAGAAAAUUAAAUAAUAAGAGCAAAUAAGAACGACAAAUAUGAAAGUUUAACUAAAGGAGCGCAUAAAAACAAUGUGCCUUAGCAAAACAGGACUGAGAAAAUGACAAAAACAGGUGGUUUUCAAAUAAGUACAUGAAUAAGUGAAAUAAAGUGAUAAAAAAUAAUAAUAAAAUGAAGUAGUUUAAACAAGAUGAAAGUUUUUUAAAAGCAAAUGUUUGCUAGGCGUUCUGCGGAUGUUCUGCAGACUUACUGGAAUUUUCUUUGAUGCUGGAUGAUCAAGCUGAACCAACAUCAGUGUCACAGAACCUUUUUAUUAUUAUGACUGGGGAUCAGGAACUGUGAGAAUAUUCCUGGAGCAUCUGGAAUGACUUUGUUCAGGUUUCCAAAGUUCAGGUAAAGCAGAUUAUGUUUUUGGGGUUGGG